UCACUAAAUUUAUUUGUUUGUUUGUUAAUUUGUCAAAAAAGAAACAUAUAUUGGUUAUGAUGAAAACUCAAUUAUUUCUCGUAUCAAUCAUGAUCGUUAUGGCUCAGGCCAUUGAUCAAUUUCGUUUGGAUUCGGAAUGGUCCAAUUUUAAAAAAAACUAUGGCCGUGUAUAUCGAUCUAGUUACGAGGAACAAUUCCGUAAACAAAUCUUUUCGGAUAAUUUGGAAUUAAUUGAUCAACAUAACCAAUUGUAUAAUGAAGGGAAAUCUUCAUACACUUUGGGUAUCAAUCAAUUUGGCGAUAAAUCCAUUAGUGAAUUUCGACGUUUGAAUGGUUUGAUUGUAUCAAAAAGUGUUCGAACAGCACCACAAAUCUAUACAGAUAAUGAAGUGGAAUCAUUACCGGCCGAAGUUGAUUGGACUAAAAAAGGUGUUGUUGCACCAAUCAAAAAUCAAAAAAAUUGUGGAUCAUGUUGGGCAUUUUCAGCUGUAAGUUCAAUGGAAAGUGCUCAUGCUUUAGCCACCGGACAUUUGGUUGAACUUUCCGAACAAGAAUUAGUCGAUUGUUCUAGCAGUGAAGGUGAUUCAGGCUGUGAGGGUGGUUGGAUGGAUAAUGGAUUUCAAUAUGUCAUCGAUCAGCAUGGUAUCGAUACGGAAAAAUCAUAUCCAUACGUUGCUAUGGAUGAAUCAUGUAGAUCUUAUGAGAAAAACAAAACAAUCGGUGCUACAAUCCGUAGUUAUGUGGAUGUCAAACAAUAUGACGAACAUGCAUUACAAUCGGCUUGUGCAAAAGUUGGACCAAUAUCGGUUGCAAUCGAUGCUAGUUCAUCGCAUUUCAUGUUUUAUAAAUCAGGUGUCUAUAAUCAUGAUGAUUGUUCACAAAUGCUUCUGGAUCAUGGUGUUGUUGUCGUUGGUUAUGGAACGUCUGCCUCUGGUAAACAAUAUUGGAAAGUUCGAAAUUCUUGGGGGGUCACCUGGGGGAUGGAUGGUUAUAUUCUUAUGUCACGUAAUAAAGAUAAUCAAUGUGGUAUUGCAUCGAAAGCUAGCUUUCCAGUUGUUUAAGAAUUUUUCCCAUUCUAUAAUAAUCGAAUCACAAUUGAAUGUUUCAUUUUAAAUCAAAUUGAACAUUAUGGUAAUAAAUAAUAACCGAAUUUAGCGGAUUUCCUAUUAUUUUCGCCUAUUGAAAAUUUUCCAA